AUGGCUCCCGGUGGUGGUCCAGGAGACACUUCAGAUGAUGCUGCUCCGUCUGGGGUAGAUCCGGAAGAUGCUUGGAUUUCGGCUAUUGUUGAUUGCUUUGUUCCGGCCAAUGAAUCUUCUGCUCAUAUGGAAACUGAAGGUGGUGCGCAGACAGAACCAAGCACUAUCCCCGAAACAUCUCGACUGGACCCAAAGUUUGUGGUUGAAAAUGCAAGGCGGGAGAGGGAAAAGAUGGAAGCGAACGAGGGAAGCAGACGAGCUGAGAAGAGAGUUAGGGGAAUUGCUGGGAAACGGGUCCUGGCCGAACAUUGCGACAAGUACUCUCGGGGUAUCCAAAGCUUCAUCAAAUUCUUUCUGGGCAAUCCAAAACGACCUCAAGAUUAUCCAUCGGCUCCAACACCUGACGAACUCAAGGCACUUUACUGGGUGGAAAGAAGGGCUGAGUCAAUCAAGCAAAAUCUCAGUCGAUUACGUGAGAAGCUCCAGGGAAAGGCGCCUGCGGAGGUAGAAUUUUGUGUCUCUCAGGCUGAAAAAGAAAUCAGGAAGAACAUCAAGAUGCCUCCGUUCACUCCUGUUGUUCAAAUUGGUCCUCACAAGGGACAACCAGUCAGUGCUCAGACAAAGGGGGAUGUUGAGAGAUCACUCGCAUUGGCGGGAAUCUCACGGCUCACUUUUGACUGGGAUGUUAGUCAUAUCUCUGAAUCGCCGUGGAAUUCUGCUGUUGUUGAGGUCCUGGGAAGCCGGGCCGUCGAAUGGCUCCGCCGAUCCACACCAAUCACUGACAAACAGGCUUGCCAAGCAUCGGCAAUAAUACUACGAUGGGUCCACACAAAAAGCGGGGAAAUUCGAGAUGCCACAAACAUGGGCAGCGAAGCUUACGAUCAAAUGAAGAAGGGGCGAACUACCAAGGCACAGUACGAAAGAUGGAGAAAGAAGGUGUGA